CGUGAGCUGAUAUUUACCUCUCGAGGCUCCUUAGCAGGCAUGAAACCACGCCUGCACUACGACGACGUGGCUCAGGAGCACAGCGAAGCCAUCUCCAAUGCGUGGAUUCGACAGUUCUUCAAUCCUAGGGUCCUCCAAUCCGUCGCACAAUUCCUGAAAAGACACCAUGGUCCGGGAAACGUUGAUGAAUUCAGUUAUCUGAAGAAAGGGUCUUAUAACAUCACCUUCCAGAUGAUUAACACAAAUUCAGACGCUACUGUCAUACGUUUCGUUCAGCCAGGAUCGAUCAUGUUCCCUGAGGAGAAAGUCCGCAAUGAAGUUGCCACGAUGCGAUACAUUUACGAUCAGACUUCCAUUCCCGUUCCUUUCGUCAACCACUGGGGACCGAGGAAGGAGAGUCCUCGGGGAUUAGGCCCGUUCAUCAUCAUGGAUUAUAUUGAACAUAAAAAGAGCAUGUAUGAUGCUCUCAACGUGCCUAGAUGUCCAGGCGAACAGCGUGGUAUUCUUGACCCCCAUAUCAGUGAGGCCAAGCUGGAGGCCCUGUAUGGAGAGGUUGCAACUAUUUUACUGAAGCUAUCUCGACCAAAUUUACCCCGGAUAGGGUCACUGCAUCAAGUCGAUGAUUUCACCUGGGAAGUAACCAAAAGACCUCUGUCAAUGACCAUGAACAGUCUGAUUCGGCUGGGCUCGCUACCCCAAUCAAAACUUCCAAACACGACGUUCGACAGUACCUCUUCAUAUUAUGAGGCUCUAGCAGAGCUGCACAUUGCACACCUGACCAACCAGCGCAAUGAUGCCAUCGAUUCAGCUGACGACUGUCGGCGCAAGCUUGUUGCUCGAUACCUUUUCCGUAAACUUGCCAGAGAACAUUGUUUAACAAAGCCGCUGGCAGCCUUCGAUAAAGGCCCCUUCAAGCUUUGGUGCGAUGAUUUGCGUCCAGCUAAUAUUCUCCUGAGCCGAGAGCUUAAGAUUGUCAGCGUUUUUGACUGGGAAUUCACAUAUGCCGCCCCAGUGGAAUUCUCAUUCGCACCACCAUGGUGGCUGUUAAUUGAAAAGCCUGAAUACUGGCCACAAGGGCUGGACGACUGGUGUAACGAGUAUCAACGACGCCUUCCAACCUUUCUAAGAGCAAUGAGAGACCAGGAGGAUAGAGCAAUUGAGCAGGGGUGGCUAGACAGUACGCAGCGACUGUCGGGUCUGAUGAAAGAAAGCUGGGAGAGCGGCGAUUUCUGGAUAGCGUAUGCAGCGAGGAACAACUUUGCCUUUGACCUGAUAUACUGGCACAAGAUUGAUCAGCGACUCUUCGGACCGACAUCAACUCCGAUCGAUGACGUUUGGAAGCAGAGAUUGGUUAUACUCGAGCCUGCAGAGAGAGCCGAGAUCGAACGCAUUGUGGCGAGAAAGGUCGAAGAGAUGCAGAGUCGGUCAUUGGCUUGGGAUCCGGACGGCUACACCAAGGAGAUCGCAGAUACACUCUGUGAAGAUAACGUAGACAAGGAAUUUGAAAGCCAAACGUCCGACUCUGCACCAGACAAGAGAAUGUAUGCUGGGCCGACGAAGUUGGAAGAACUGUCUUUGAUUGGUGAUGGCUCAUUUAUCCUCUUUAACAAGCUCGGUAAAACGUAAUAGCAGUCUAUAUUCGAAGCAGGGUC